ACUGCGAAGAGAGGAAAGGAGAAAAAAACCAAAACAAUAAUAAACAAUAAACAAACAUUGGGUCGCAGGAUUUGCUCUCGGUCGAGGAGCAAGUCGAGGACUAGUUUCACGUGAUUCGUGAAUCAUUGCUGCGCUGUCUCAUUUAUUUUAACCUUGCUCGGAAACAUAAAAAGCUGUAACAAUGGAUUUGGCUGUAAAUUGUCAGCCUCUGCAUCAAAAGAAUGACAGUGACGAUAGCGAGGCAGAGCAGAGUUCUUCAGAAACUCAACAAUGUGAUGACAUAUUACCAGAUGAUGCGAGUCCGUCUUCAAAAACCUCUGAUCGUCUAAUCAAAUAUGGAAACCCUCGAGACGGAUACAAUGUAGCAUUUUUCAUCUUUUAUUUGCUUGGAAUGACCACACUUCUGCCGUGGAAUUUCUUCAUCACACCAGACCACUACUGGAUGUACAAAUUGCGGGAGGUAUCGGACAAUUCUACAGUUCCCAGCAAUGGAAGGACACCCUUGCAAGCUGAAUUUACGUCUUACUUGAGUCUUGCUGCCAACGUCCCAAACACAGUUUUUAUGAUUUUGGGAGCACUGUAUGGAAAACGCAUUCCAUUAAAGCUUAGAAUGAUUGGCAGCCUGGCUUUAAUCUUGGUCUUAUUUCUGGUGACAACUUCAUUGGUUUAUGUGAACACUGACACAUGGCAACAAAGUUUCUUUAUCUUGACGUUAGCUACAGUAGUUAUUCUAAAUGUGGGGACGGCUAUUAUGAACCUUGGCCUUUACGGAAUUGUUGGCAGUUUCCCGCAUCGAUACAUAACAGCAGUGGUUGGUGGCCAAGCAUUAGGAGGUGUUUUUGCUGCUUUAGCAAAUAUUGUUUCCAUCUGGCUCGGAGCAUCUCCCCAAUCCAGCGCUCUUGCAUAUUUUUUGGUGGCCGAUAUUGUGCUUGCGACAUCUGUGAUUGCCUACUUGGCCCUUUCAUCGUCUCCAUUCUUCAAAUUUUACAUGGGCCUUCGGCACCAAAAUGUCCCGUUCAGCCCUACAGACGAUGGAGAUUCUAAUGUGCUACCCUCUGACAUUUCGUUUCGUAGAAUACAAAAGAAGAUUUGGGUGCAUUGUUUUAGUAUUUUGAUGGUGUUUGUCGUCACUAUUGGAGCAUUUCCUGGGAUCACAGUGCUAAUAAAUUCAGUGCAUAAAGCAAACAAGAAGCCAUGGAAUUAUAUCUACUUUGUUCCUGUCGUUGGCUUUUUGAUUUUUAGUAUUUGCGAUUACGCAGGACGUCUUUUUGCUGGUUGGCUUCGACGGCCUAAAAGAAAUCAGUGGCUUCUGGCCUUGUUAAGUAUUCUCAGGAUUGCAUUUAUACCUCUCUUCAUGUUCUGCAACGCUGAACCUCGUAAUUCGUUACCAGUGCUAAUUGACAGUGACGCUUAUUACGUAUUGAUUAUGAUGGCAUUUGCUUUGUCAAAUGGCUAUCUGGCCAAUAUAAUCUUCAUUAAUGUUCCAAGUCUAACAAGCAAUGCAGAGGUGGAAACUGCAUCCCAAAUUAUAACUGCGUGGUUAAGCAUGGGUACCUCGAUAGGUGCUGGCUUGAGCCUUUUGAUGAUUCGGUUGCUGUAAGAUCUCAAUUUUAUUGGACUCGCUAUAAUAUAGAACGUGAUCAAAAUAAUCAAAAAUCUUGUUGAAAAGCUAAGUCAGCAAGUUGAGAGAUUUUCUCUCGUUAUCUUUUGGUGUGUGCAUUUGCUGAAAUGGAAUAUAUCCAUCUGAAUGUUAAAAUCUCGGCAUAUGAGCCACUCAAUUAAUGUUGCACAAUAAUAAUUAUAUCAUGCCAUCUGUUAUUUAUAAUGUUCGUUUUUGACACAAGACUCAAGUUAAGACUUAAAAGCAUUAAUUGUGUUUGGUUGAUGGGUUUGGACAGGUUGUACGUUGUACUGUACUUUCUUUUACGAUUCUCAAUUUAAGAUAAAUAAUUGAUUCAUUUUUAUAUUAUUAAUGCUUUUUGAGACCUGGUGCAUGUGAAUGACAAGACAAUGUAUAGAAUUACGGAAAUAUAAUAGAUAAAAAAUAUAUGUACGAAUUGAUCGGUGCCAAGACUGUGUUAAGUGCUUUUAAGCAUAUAUGCAUAAAUUUACUGGGGUUUUAAAACAGUUUUAUUUUUAAUAUCUUAAUCUGUAACGCAUUUUAAAUAAUUAUACGCUAUUGUGAUUACAUUUUUUCAUUUUUUUUUUACGGUUAAGUUAAUAAUUUUUACAACUUUCAUACUUAUUAAAAUGCAUUUUAUGCUAUCUUGACAAAAUUCGUCCUCAUUAUAUAUGAUUAUGUAAAAUUUGUAUCCUCUCAUCUUGACUAUAAUAUAUAAUUAUAUAUCUUAAGUAAUCAAACUAUUAUGUUAUAUACAC